UUUAGAUUUUUUUCACCAUAAAAAGAGGAGGUUGGUGCGUGAAGCUUAUCCCGUCGCUAUAAAACCCAACAAUUACAAUAUCUCAGUUCUCAAAACAAUGGCUUCGACUCAGGGGGGCGACGAGAGAAGCGAGAUAGUUUUUUUCGAUCUUGAGACGGCGGUUCCGACCAAAGCGGGGAUACCUUUUGCGAUUUUGGAGUUUGGGGCUAUCUUAGUUUGUCCUAUGAAGCUAGUGGAGCUUCAUAGUUACUCCACUUUGGUUCGACCCACCGAUCUUUCUCUCAUAGCCACGCUCACGAAGCGACGAAGCGGUAUUACGCGCGACGGAGUUCUCUCUGCACCUACCUUCUCUGAAAUCGCCGAUAAAGUCUACGACAUUCUCCACGGACGAGUUUGGGCGGGACAUAACAUAAAGAGAUUUGAUUGUGUAAGAAUAAGAAACGCAUUUGCAGAAAUUGGUCUCUCUCCCCCGGAGCCGAAAGCUACCAUUGAUUCGCUUUCGUUGUUGUCUCAGAAGUUUGGGAAGAGAGCUGGUGACAUGAAGAUGGCAUCGCUUGCUACAUACUUCGGGCUAGGAGAUCAAACUCACAGGAGCUUAGAUGAUGUCCGGAUGAAUCUUGAAGUUGUCAAGUACUGUGCAACCGUCUUGUUUCUGGAGUCCAGUGUUCCUGACAUUCUUACAGACAUGAGCUGGUGUUCUCCAAGAAAAAGUCCGAGAACACGAAGUAAAGAGAAGUCACUGCCUAAUGGAGUCAGAGAAAACCAGACUUCAUCUUCUUCGAGUCCUAAAAGUGAUCCGAGUUCCUCUUCCGUAGAUGCCACAACCGUCAAAAACCAUCCCAUCAUUUCUCUUCUGACGGAAUGCUCAGAAAGUGAUACAUCUAGUUGUGAAAUAGAUCCAUCUGAUAUAACCACUUUAAUAAGCAAACUACAUAUUGGAAAUCUUGAGACAGAUGAUGCGUAUGAAGAGCCUGUUAGACAGCCGGGUGAAUCAAUCGAUCCCAAUACCAAAGAUGAAUCAUUUUUGGGCGUUGAUGAAGUAUCUGUUUCUAGCAUCAUAGCAAUCCCGUUUUAUCGUGGGAGUCUGAGAAUGAAGCUGUUUCACAACGACACCCCUCUACAUCUCUGUUGGUAUAGCUUGAAGAUUCGGUUUGGAAUCAGCCGGAAGUUUUUGGAUCAUGCAGGUCAUCCAAAGAUGAAUAUCGUUGUCGACAUACCUCCUGACUUAUGCAAGAUCUUGGACGCAUCCGAUGCUGCUGCACAUAACUUACUGAUUGACUCAAGCACAAGCUCAGAUUGGAGGCCUACCGUUAUGAGGAAAGAAGGUUUUACUAACUAUCCCACAGCCAGACUGCAAAUAAGCUCAGAAUCCAACGGAGAUGAUACCCGGUGUGAAAGUGGAACCCAGGUGUACCAAAAAGAAGAACCUUUGGGAACCAAUCAAAAGCUCGAUUUCAGUAGCGAUAAUUUUGAAAAGCUUCAGUCAGCGCUACUUCCAGGUACCCUGGUUGAUGCAUUCUUCUCACUCGAGUCUUACGAUUAUCAGAAAAUGGCAGGGCUACGUCUACUAGCUAGAAAGUUGGUAAUCCACCUGAAGAAGUGAUCUAGCCAAGGAAAAAUCAUUUCUUUCUCUUUCUGGUCAUUCGGUGAGCACUUUUGGUCAUUCCCAUUUUGUAUCAUGUAAUAUUAAGGAACAUCUUAGUCUCUGCUAACUCGUGAGAGAUUAGUUGCUAGGAGAAGGAAAUUAGUAUGUUCAGAAUCAUAUCUCUAGUACCGAUCAAUAGAGACACCACACUCAUAAUGUAACAGUCAUCCUGAUUAACACAGUCUAAUAUUAUUGAUUCUUAAAACAUUUCUUCCGAAGUUAGUACUUGCCAACGAGUUGAAGUGUCUGAAACUUGAAUAUAGCAGUCACGAGCAAUAACAAAAGUAUGAAAUUUCUCCAUAUAUUUGACUGAAGAAAACACAAAAACAUCUAUGGAAAAAAGAAUUUGCAGCUAAAGUAUUCUUGCAAACAACAA